AUGGGCUGGUUCUUUGGAAAUAAUAAUAAUAAUAAUAGCAAUGAAACCUCGGCACAAGUCUCUAGUAUAGAGCCUGCUAAAUCAGAAUAUUCACUUGGAUUUGAUCCGUCUACUGUUAAUGUCUCAUCGAUUCUUUCAAGUCCUAUUGAUUCUACGAAGCUUCACCCGUUAGCCGGUUUAGACCGUGGACUCGAAUAUCUCAAUAUUGAGGAUGAUGCUCUUUCUUCCCUACCAGGUUCACAGGGUAUCAUUCCUAUUAAAGGUUGGACGGAUGACCUUUGUUACGGUACAGGUACCGUUUAUCUAUUGGGCCUUGGUGUCGGUGGUGCUUACGGUUUAAUCGAAGGUCUUAGAAAGACACCUGCUGACGCUUCAUUUAAAUUAAGACUGAAUGGUAUUCUUAACGCUGUGACGCGACGUGGACCUUUCUUAGGUAAUUCUGCUGGUGUUCUUACUUUGAUUUACAAUCUCAUCAAUGCUUCUAUUGAUAAAUACAGAGGGAAACAUGAUGAUUGGAAUUCUCUUGCAUCUGGUGCAAUUGCUGGAGCAAUGUUUAAAUGUACAAAAGGCCCGAAGCCUAUGCUUAUUGCUUCUGGUUUAAUGGCUGGAGCUGCUGGUGCUUGGUGUGCGAUAAAACGUGCUAUUUUUUAA